AUGACCUUCACGAUGGAAUGGGAAGCUUCACUGCCCGUCUGGAUCGAAUCAAUCAACAUCGACAUGGACGGGAUACCCGAAUCCGAUUCGAUGGUCGCGCUUCUCAUGGAGAUGGACGACACUCUACUACCCUCCACUCCUAAGGUGGAAAACUCAACGACGCACUCGAUUGAGCAGUACUCCCCGUCCAACCACUUGCUGGACGUCGCAACAAUGGUUGAUACCAACCUGAAAGACAUUGAGGCGACUCCGAAGAGACCCACAAAAGACCUGACUAUGUCGACGCUCAACCCUGUCAAGAACAAAACAAGCACCAGAGCCACUCGUCGGGUGGAUCCUUUCGGUCGUGACCAGCGAUGCAAGAACAAACGACGGGGCUACGAGAUAAACUAUCGUAAACAACAGAAAGGCAGACGCGACAACGGUCAAAUCGAAUGGGUUCAACUCGAGAUCCAGCUACGAGAAAUGCUGGCAAAGCGGACGCCGGUGGUCGUUGGAGGGUCAAGCGAGACCUCAAAUUAUGAAAUGAAUACAUCGAUCCGUCAGCGGUAUCUUGAGUUACUUCAAGAGGAACGAGCCCUGAGAGAGUCCAUGGCACUCGACAACUGCUGCUGGGCCGAAACUCAAGCACUGACGUUUUGGGGAGGAGCCAACAGCAAGACGCAAGAUAUUCGGGAAAAAAUCAACACGCUGCCGAGUCUAUGGGGGUGCCUCACAUUCGUCUUUUCCUGGUAA